AUGGUUUCCUGGUGGAUUUGGCUUCGUAGAUGGCAGAUCUCGGCCAGAAUCUGGAAGAUCUCUCCCGGACACCCGUUCAUCUUGGCAGUGGAGAUCGGGUCGCUUUUCGUGCCGUACCACUCGGGACUGCAGAACGGCACGCGACAGUCGGGCGAAACCAUAGCGGAAACCGUGUCAAACCAUGCGAAAACACAGACCAGCGUUUGCGACUGGUCAAUCUGGCUCAAAGCAGACUUGAACUGGGGGUCUCUGGCGAUAGACGCGAACAGUUUCAAAAAAAUCCUCGACAAGGCAGACCGGCCGCUUUCGAGAAUGGCGAAGAUCAAAUGGACGUACAAUAAAAGCAGAAUCACAAAGAAGUUGGUCUGCUUUCUGUCGUUGGCUUCUUCGUUUUUCAAGUUGAUAACGAUGUUUUCCACGUUCAACGACGAAUCUUCUGGCUCUUCUUCCGACUGUUUGCGCGAAGUAUCUUUCGACCGGACGUAUUUGAUCAAAUACUCCAUGGUGUUAUUGAUGUGCAGAAUACCUUUCUUGUAG